AUGGUUAUUAAAAUUUUACCUGAUCCUUCAACAAAACCAAAUAUUAAUGAUCAUUUAAUAUCACAAAAGCAAAGGCGUAGUCAAUCGGCUCCAUAUUCAUCUCAUGUUCGAUCCGAAAUAUCUCAACAACGUCGUUUACCAGAUGCUGCUGAUCUUCGUCGAAUGUGUAUUAUAACAAAAAGUGAUUUGAAUCGAAUCUAUGAAAAUUUAGAUUAUCGUCAACGUAAUAAAGAUGCUAUUCAACAAGAAAUAGCUCGAAAAAAAGAACUAGCUGAACGUUCAGCUCAAAUAACUAAACACUGGCCAAAUACAAUCGCUGGUGCACGUGAACGUAAACUUGAAAUGAAAAAAAUUCGUGAACAAGAAGAAGAAGAAAGAAAAAAAUUAUUAGAUAUUGAAGAAGAAAAACUAGCUGCUGAACGUCGUCGAGAACAAAUUGAAAAAGCUAAACAAUUAAAAUAUUAUGAAACAGAUCGUAUUCGAACAUUUCAUAGUGCUCUUCUUCAUACGGAAGUCUUAAAAGAACGUGAUCUACAAAUUGAUAUGAAAAGACGUAUUGAACAAUUGCAUCAUGCAGAUGCAGAACAAGAACGUCAACGUUAUCAAGUAGCUCAAAAUGAAUAUAAGAAAGCUGAACAAGAAAGACUUGAGAAAAAAGCGAAAGAUCGAGCUAAUUUAAGUCAAUAUCAUCUUGCACAGGUCGGACGAAAAAGAAUACAAAGUGCUGAAGAAAAACAAAGAAAUCAACGAGAAGGUGAAGAAUAUCGACAUUUAGCUGAACAAUAUGCAUUUGAACAAAUGGAAAUCGAACGAUAUCGUAAAUUAACACAAAAAGAUGUUAAAAAUAUGUAUGAUAAAGCACUUGAAGAUAGAUAUAAAGUUAAACAAAUGGAACAACAGAUGGAUGAUGAAGAAGAUGAAGAACUUCGUAUAUAUGCUGAGGCUAAGAAAAAAAUUGCUCGAUUAAGACGUGAAAAAGAUAUUCAAGCUCAUCAAGAAAAACAAGAAGCACGUGAUCAUAUGAUUGGUUAUUUAGGUUCAUUACAAAAACGAGCUGAAGCUAAUUAUGAUACACAAAUAUUUCGUGCUCAAGCACAAAGAGAAGCAAAAGAAUUACGGGAAGAACAAGAAAAAUUAGAUAAAAGACAAAAAAUGUUAGAAUCAAUCAAUAAAUAUCGAUAUGAAACAAUGAAACGACGUGAAGCUGAAAAAGAAAUGGAACAAUGUGAAGAUAUUGAUAUGCGUCAAAAAAAAGCAGAAGCUGAUCAAUUAUUUCUUUUAUAUCAACAAGAAAAGGAUAAAAAACGUAAUCAAAAUGCUCAAGCUCUUGCAGAUUUUCAUUUAAAACAAGCUCAAGAACGAAAAGAACGUGAACAUGGAUUAAAAGAUAGUGAACUAGAUGAAGUGCAACUUGAUAAACAUAUGAAUGAAAUUGAAAGACAACAAUAUCAAGAUUAUGCUGGACGGGUUAUUUCAUAUAUGGAAGAAAAUGAACGUAAUACAUAUCCAAUGAAAAAAGUAUAUACUGAAGAAAUGAAACGUUUUGAUCAAUGGAGUCAAGAUUACAGAAAAGCUGAAAGUUCAAAUAAUAAUGAUGAGAAAAAAACAUUCAAUCAAAAUAAAAAAUCAUUAGAUCAAACCAAAAAAAGUUUGGGUUUCCAAUGGAAUAUAUCUAAUAAAUAG